CCCGCCGCCCUUCCCUCCCUGCGGCUCCGGGACCCGGGGGCGGCCUGGGGCGCGCCGAGCCGCCGGACUGCCUGCGCGUCCCGGACCUUGAGGGGAAACAUGCAUUUGGCUGGGAUCGUUGGCCGUCCCUAGCGUGGGGUCCCCGCCGCGCCCGCGCCUCCCGCCCCUCGGGCUUUCCCUCCCCGUGCUUUUUUUUUUUUCUUUCUUCAUCUUUUUGAUUUUUCCCCUCGUCUCCCUCCGGGUCUCCUCGUUGACCCCCUCCCCCUGCAUGCUCGCCCAGCCCUCCCCCCGCCGCUGAGGAGUGGGGGAGGGUCUCGGCCUCCAGGUUCCCGCCCCACCGGGGCCCGGGCGAGCAUGGGGGGCAAGCAGAGCACGGCGGCCCGCUCCCGGGGCCCUUUCCCGGGGGUCUCCACCGAUGACAGCGCCGUGCCUCCGCCCGGAGGGGCGCCCCACUUUGGGCACUACCGGACCGGCGGCGGGGCCAUGGGGUUGCGCAGCCGCUCGGUCAGCUCGGUGGCCGGCAUGGGCAUGGACCCCGGUACUGCCGGAGGGGUGCCCUUCGGCCUCUACACCCCCGCCUCCCGGGGGACCGGCGACUCCGAGAGGGCGCCCGGCGGCGGAGGGUCCGCGUCUGACUCCACCUAUGCCCAUGGCAAUGGUUACCAGGAGACGGGCGGCGGUCACCAUAGAGACGGGAUGCUGUACCUGGGCUCCCGAGCCUCGCUGGCGGAUGCUCUACCUCUGCACAUCGCACCUAGGUGGUUCAGCUCUCACAGUGGUGAGUCCGCGGAUGGAAGAGGCCUUGGAGGGUGGAGUACCGGGGAGGGCGCGCCGGGGCUCCCCCAAACCUCCUCCCAAGUGCUAGAAGGUUUGGGUUUGGAGCGCUCUCCCGUAUCUGUUUUGCCUUUUCUUUGGUUUCCGACACGAGAGUCGAUGAAUGGGGUACCUACCUACCUACCCGUCUAGCAAGGAGCUGGCUGUCUGUGAGGAUCUCGCUUUUAGUACUCUAGGCAUGUGUUCACUUGUGGAUGGCAGGGUGAAACCUGACCAUCGAAACCCUAUUUAUUAGCAUCACCAUCCUCAAGAGAAGUCCUGUCUGGUUUACAGGGAGUCAACUUGGCCACUUCCAUUCUGCUGCUGCAGCUCGGUGCCUACCUCAUCAUUAACCGAGGCAGUGUGUCCAAACAAAGAGUGUGAAAAGAAAUAAAUCGGGGGCAAGUAGUGCUUUGAUUAGACCUCUCAUCCUUGCUGGGAGCGGGUGUGUGUGCCCAAUUUUGCCACCCUGGCUGGAGAUCUGAAUGAAUUGUUUAAAAUGGAGCAGGCGGCUGACAUAGACAGGUGUGGCCUGCUGAAUGGAUGUGGAGAGGUUCCCUUCCUGGUUUCUGCAGGACCAAGGCCCUGCUCUCCCCUGCUGCAUGCAGUAGGCUUGGCUCCAUGAUUCUCACAUCCCUCCAUCUUUUUUUUUUCUUUUCUUUUUCUGCUUCAUGCUAAGUGCUUGCUUUUCCCAUGAAUCUGCAUCUUUUUGUAACAGAGCCUGACAUGGUGGGGGUAGUAUUGCCUGGCAGUUAGCACAUGACUGGAGAAGAGGCGGAUUCUGAGAAUCUAGAUGAAUUCAUUUUGUGAACUUCUGGUAACAGGCCAGCUAAAGGCCCAAGGGGGAUUUCCCAGGCUCUGGCCCUGCAGGGCAGAAAAGGCCUGGCUGGCUCUUCUAGAGGGAAACAGGUCUGUCUGCUUGGCUAUGCGGAGAGAAGCCAGGUCAGGCCUCUAGAAAAUUGGUGAAAAAGGGUGUGGGGCUGCUGUUUGCUAAUUGCCAACCUGAGUGAAGAAGUUACAUUCAGAUUACCUUGGGUGACUUUGGAAUAUUUAGACACUGGAAGAGAAAGAUUUCUCCUGUCCUUUAGGGUACUUUAUGGAGGAUUUCCUAUUGGAUCACUGUUGGAGCUAUUUGGAAAUACCCUCUCCCACUUUUUUUUGUUGUUGUUGUUUCUUUUGGUUAACUCCACAAACUUUAAUUUGGGAAGUAAUAUGGAGGGUAUAUAGUGACUAGUUUAGGGUAACACUUGGAACUAACUUUUUAGUUGCUAAUAAAAUAAUGUUUUCAAUCUCUGCAUGUCAUCCGAGCUUCUUUGGCUUACAUCAAACUGGUGUGAAUGAAGCCGGGUGUUGGUGGCUCACGCCUGUAAUCCUAAGAGGCUGAGACCUGAGGAUUGUGGUUCAAAGGAAUGUGGGCAGAAAGUCUGUGAGACUCCAAGUGU